CGCAGGACAGGAUUCAGCGCAUGCGCUGUGUGUACAGACUGCACUGCAUUUAGGACACCAGGUAUUCAGUUCAACAUGGGUUGACGCAGUGUGUGCAAAAUGAGGGGAGGGAGCUCCGAACGUCUGGUCGUGCGACCUACUACGAGGCGCAGAGGCGAGACGCGUGCGAAACUUACUCGGUACAUCACUGUUGUUCUAGCCGCUUUACUUGGUGGCGGUGCUUCAGCUCUUCUUUUCCUCGUUCCUCUGUAUGCGGACCCCGCUCUGAGCGCUCUAGCUGCGGACUUCGACCCCGUACCCGCGGAAUGCAUAACAGAACGCCGAGACGACCGUUUAGGCCUAGAUAACUGCACAUGGGCUUCCUGCAGAGAAGGAUGUACAAGUGACGCAUACAAGUGCACACAACUACACGUGAAAUAUAAAGCGCACGGCGACGAAUGGCGUCCAGCAGUGCUGUUCGUGAACAUAAAGGGCUGCGGUUACCCUCCAGUCGUGGAUUGCGAGAACUUCACCACCAGUUACGGGUACGUUGGAGCGAGAUACAGUUGUUUUUGGUCGCGGGCUGACACGAGUGUGGUGAUUCCUCGCUGGUCGAGGGGAGAACAGGUGGCAACAGUGACCAGGACUCUGGCUCUACCGCUGUUUCUGUCAGGCUGUGCUGGGAUUGGGCUUUGUGCACUGCACUGCGAGUGCCGUCCUCGGCGCCGCCGUCGCCCGCCACGCCGCCCUCCGCGCCUGCCGCCACUAUCUCCAGAUGACGCAUCGGUCUACCGGCUUGCCUAGAUUUUUAGGUACAAACGAACCAGGCACAAGGAUAGAUACCUAUAUUUAAUUUUUAGAGUGUAAAUAAAAUUUGUAAAUAUACAUAUUAAUCUAC